UUGUCCCCCCUCACUCCGCCCUUGAUAAAUAUAUUUUAUGGGCCAAGAUGAGCGUCGAGGAGCGACCGCCGGCAUUUGUGUGCAACGUUCAACUGAAUGUGGAGCCCUGCGAGCGACCUAGGCAGCCACCGGGAUGUCCGACACCCAUUGACUCACGCAGCACCGAGUCCGAGCAGCAGCAAUCGGAGGAGUGCUGCGUGGAGGUGGAGAAUGUGACGGUCAAGUUCCGGCUCUCCGAGUCAGACAUUGUGGCCCAGGUGUAUCCGAACUGCAUGACCCUUGCAGAAGUGAAGCAAGACAUUGCUCGCAAGUUUGAGGUAGAGCCUGAGAUGUUGGUGCUCCUGCAGGAUGGUAGCGUGCUCUGCGACAGCUUACCCAUCAACUCCACUGCCUUGGAUGAUUUCGGGAUCCAUGAGUUCCAGCUGGAGCUGAACAGCAAUGCUAACGCCAGUCAGACCUCGCUGCCCAAGUUGGACUUGGAAGUCUACUUCGACAAGCACCGCCUGGCAGACUUCAUCACGGUCCACAUUUCCGGAGAGGACACUCAGGAUGGCCAGCCGAAGAAUGUGGUGGUGGAGAUCGAAAAUGCGGCAAUCGUCAAGCCCUUUUUGUGUGGUUACCGGGAUAAGGUUAGCGGAAAGGAGUAUCUGGAUGCCUUCACCCAGACAGGGCCCUACUUCGAUAAGAUCAAGUACAGGAAGUACAAGUCCAGGGAUACGCAGACAUGGGAGCCCAAGGAAAAGAUUCUGAACACGGCCCACGAGCAGUCGGUACAAUGCCACCUAGAUGGCAUCAACAUCAUGUAUGUGUCCGCAGCCAAUGAUUUCACCAUUGUCCCUGGAAAGUACCAGACCUUUGCCCAGAAGGAGCGGGCUGAACGGAAGCUCGAGAAGAUUCUGCUCAUUCAGCGCAACUGGAGACGCUGGAUCCUCUGGAAAUACAUCCACAAGCGGGCCGCAGAGUAUCGUCGCCUGGUGCAGAAUCGCGAGCAGGAGGACGAGCGGUACGAAAAGUGCGUGGAGCAGCGCGUGGAACGGCACCGGGUGGUCAAGCAGUUUCCCCGCAGCAAGGACGACUUCGAUCUGCUCUUCGCGGAGGUGGCACGCUGGAAGAAGGCCGAGCUAAAGCGGAUCACGGCCAACUAUGAGGGCCCCGCCCGCAUUGCCGAGGUGAAUAUCCUGCUGGACAAGGAGAUUCAGCUGCUGAACGGUGUGGAGCGGCAGCGAAAUCUAGUCUACAAGUCCAUGGAGGAGUUCCGCAACGAUCAGCUGCUGAAGGAGAUGGGCAAGCCGAUUGAGUGGAUUGGCUACAAGGACUCGAAGAUCCACAUGGACCUCUUGAGCACACAGCGCGUGCGCUUUCUCACAGAGAUCUACAAGGAUAUGCGUAAGCCGCGCAAGAGGGAUGAUCGCCUGGAAUUCAUUCGCCAAGUGAUGGCUGUGCUCACAGAGGAGACAUGUUAUCCUAACUUUCCUGAGCUCUUUGACUUAUUCGAUCGUGAAAAGAAUCUGCUGCUAUACGCCAAAUCCAGUGAUGUGGAAAUUCUGCGCAAGCGCCAGAGCAUUCUCUUCUUUGACCUGAUCAAGUUCCAAAAGGACAAGCCCAAGAAGAGGACGCCCUCGCGCAUGUGCAUCGUCUGCAAGAAGGUCAAAACGUUUGCCGAAUUCGCCAUUCGUACACGCCAGAGCCAUGUGGACACCUGCAAGCACUGCUACUAUCUUAAGCUCACGGCCACGGAGAACACUGUCUACCAGUCCAUCCUGCGGUGCAUUCACCGGGAUGAACGCAAACGCAAGUGCGCCACUUCGUUCGCAUUUGUAAUGCAGCCGGACGAUGUGCGUCACAUCAUUGACAAGAUUUGGCAUGGACACUCGGCCCUCAGCAAAUCGGAGAAUCUCAGCGAACUAAGAUUGCCGCGUUGGAUUAAGAGCGAUGACUGGGCUCCCUGGAACUGCAUUUGCCUGACGGAGCGGGAGACUCGGGACCACUACAAGAUUGACGAUAUCGAUAAAGUUUACGAUCCAAAGUUCAUACUGCACAUAAGCAACCUGCACAUGCUGGCCCGCAGCCUGUUCCAUACUUUGGCUGCCGUGGCCAUCGAAUUCCAGGAGACAGGCCAGUGGUGGAAGGUGGGCAUGAAUAAGCAACGCUCAAGCCAGCUCGACGCCGUUUAAACCAUUUAAAAAUAUGCUCAAUCUGUCACUUAAAUUACGUGUCUGCGCUUUUCUUAAAUCGAUCUACAGAACACACUCCAACAUUUGGGUUUAGCAUGUAAUUCAGCGCCUAAUUUUACAUUUACAAAAUUUAAACAAUUCAAAUGUUGAUCAAACAUUACAAGGAAAAUAAGUAUAUUAACUACAACUGCAA